AUGGAGAUAAAACUCAGGCAAGGCAGGUCGGGAGAUUUUAAAGGGAGGGUCGGCUCAUUAUCGACAUCCCAUGUUACCGAUUCAUUCGCGUCUGUUCAGGAUUUUAAUGCUGGCCCACAAGUUUAUACUCCUCGGUUUCGGCAAUUUCUCGAGGAAAAUAGAGUGACAUAUGAUGACAAAUAUGGACCCGAUUUGGCUUUGAAUAAUGAGAGAUUCAAGAGGUUUGAGAAAAGGAGGGGAGCAAAAGUACUAGUUUCAGAAAGCACUUCUAGGUACUUUUAUGCUCUCAUUGAUAAUGAGUGGUUGAGGCGUCGACUACUCUCCUCCCCCCUCUUGAGUUCUAUACCUGUCAGAGAAGACCUUUAUGAACUCCCGCGAGAUGUAGUGUCCUCGACAAAUUCUCCUUGCCGUCAUGAUGGGGAUAAAUUGGUGAUGCACCUUUGUGUGCUUACCGGUUUCGGGGUGGUGGACGGCCAGCCCUAUUAUGAGAUUCUGAAUAGUUGGGGAGAAUGUUGGUCCAGCUAUGGAUUCGGUCAAAUUCCGCCGCAGGACAUCUUUCGCAUAAUCGAUUUCGAAGUAACUGAGAGAUUAGCAUAG